AUGAGUUCUUCAUUUGCCUACUACAAACAACACCAUUAUCUGCAAAAGAUCAUAGUCAUCGCAUUGUUGUAUAUAGUUCUAUGGGAAGCAUCGAUCGUGUCCGGAAAAACGACUGUUCGCAUUACCAAUGUGUUAGGGUUUGGUACAAACCUCACCAUUCACUGCAAAUCCAAGAAUGACGAUCUGGGCACCCAUGUCAUACCUUCUAAAGCUUACUACGAGUGGAGUUUCGAGCCCAAUUUCAUGCUCACCACGCUCUAUUACUGUAACAUGAAAUGGAUGAACAAUGAUGAGUUUGUGGACGCCUAUGAUGCAAACAGGGAUGAAAAGAGGUGCUAUGGAACUUGCUACGUUGAUGUUACGAGGCCACAAAUCUGUAUAUAUGGCGCCGAGGCCAAUGACAACACUAUAUGUGUAAGGCAUAAAUUUAUUUAG